UUGUCCCGGAAUUGGAGCUCGGGAGCAGGGUCGAGUGGUCGGCGCGGCGGUCUGGGACCUGGGGCACAGAAAUUCUCAAGUGAAACCAGGAGUCUGAGCCCUGGCAUCUCCAAUCAGAGAAGAUGAAGGACAUCGACGUAGGAAAAGAGUGUAUCAUCCCUAGUCCUGGUUACAGAAAUGUGGGCGAGAGAACCAGUGCUUCCAGACAGGACGAAGAGGACUCCAAAUGCAAGAGAGCUGGGCUGUUGGAAUGUCAAGAUGCCUUGGAGACCGCAGCCCGAGCUGAGGGCCUUUCCCUGGAUGUCUGCCCGCGUUCUCAGCUCAGAAUCCUGGAUGAGGAACAUCCCAAGGGGAAGUACCAUCAUGGCUUAAAUGUUCUGAAGCCCAUUCGGACCACUUCCAAACACCAGCACCCAGUGGACAAUGCUGGGCUCUUCUCCUUUAUGACUUAUUCCUGGCUUUCUCCCCUGGCCUGCCUGGCCUACAAGAAGGGAGAGCUCUCCAUGGAGAACGUGUGGGCUUUGUCCAAGUACGACUCUUCUGAUGUGAACUGCAGAAGACUAGAGAGACUCUGGCAAGAAGAGCUGAAUGAAGUUGGGCCAGAAGCUGCCUCCCUCCGAAGGGUUGUGUGGAUCUUCUGCCGCACCAGGGUCAUCCUCUCCAUCGUGUGCCUGAUGAUCAUGCAGCUGGCUAGCUUCAGUGGACCAGGGUUGUGCUCACCUUUGGGCUAGUUAGCAGCCUUAGAGAUGCCUCCAGGUCGAAGGAAAGGGAACAAUUGAUUUUGGAGUGAGAAGAAGGCUUGUCAGCAGCCGGAAGGAUGUGGGGGCCGCGUUGCCAGAUAAGAAACGGAACUGGCGUGCUGUCCUGGGGCGGAGGGGAAACUGAAUGAGUCUGGCUCUGCACAGGACUGUGCUCCUUUGCUGUGUGUGGACAUGAAAUGACAGUCUUGGUUUGGGAAGGUGUGUCUCUCAGUGCUGUGUGUGGGCGAGAGCAGCCUGGUGUGGCAUAGGCUGUUGAGCUGGUGCCGGUGACACACCAAACACCUGGAGGCAGAGUUGUCACAGGUUUGAUGGUUCUGUAGCAAAUGAGUCCUGAAGAAACUAGAGGACUGUUGAGGUUUUUAGAGUGUAACCUGGAGUCCAUUCUCAGUUUGGUCUGUAUUGUAAACUGUGUGGCAAAUGUUGGGGUGGCAACUGUGGUUUUCUCCUAGUGUGUACUGAAGCAGAGUAGGUAAGAGUAACGUUCACCUGUCUUCUGGACACCUGUUUCUUACACCUGCUGUGCUGCCUUACACUUGAGCCUUUGAUUAAAUCCAUUCUCCACAUAUUUGCCUUGAGGCAUUGGAGCAGUAGUGCUCCUGUACUGUGCAUUUCCCAUGUGUGGGUAAGCUGGAGGUUCAUGGGUUGGGUAAGUAUGUGCCUAAGAUGCAUGGUGAUUAGGUAAAGCUAAUUUACAGUUUUUCUGCUUUUUUUAAAAAAAAUGUUUGAUGCCUUUAAAAAAAAAGUUUUGACCUCUUUUCUGAAGCAAAAACACUCCUUUUCUGGUAUUGGGUUUCUCCGUUUAUUGACCAUCUAACACAUUUUUGUGUAAGUUUUAAGUAAGAGGGACUGUAUAACUGAAUAUUACGUUAUUGACCAGAAUGGCAAACGUUUUCGUAGGGCCAUCUUCCCCCAAGAAGAGCUUCUGUCAUUGUUUCACUACAGGGCUGGUGGCUGCUCUGAUCCUUCAUAGAAUUCUUUCAACUGGGUAGCACGCUGUACAGGCUUUAUUGAUUACAUUUGGCCAAUGCGAGAACUUGUUUGGCUCCUCUCACCAAAAAACUAUUAUUCCAUGGAUGGUGGGGAUUUUCACUUUUUAC